AUGUUGCUACUAGUUCUCUGCUUUUUGAUGAGCGCUCUUGCUGCGCAAUGCAAGGGGCGCCAGCACUCCAAUUGCGCAACCGACCAAUGCAGAGCAGGCCACGUACCGAUCGACGUGUGCGCUGAUAGCUCUGCUGUCUACGGCGCAGGGUCUGAGUGCACGGAUCCGAACUGCAAACGGUGCGACCAAAAUCCUGCGGAGUGCGAGGAGUGCAACUCUGGCUUCGACCUUGAUGGUAGCACGAAGCAGUGCAUAUCUUCUAAUACCAAUAAGAGCAGCGGCCUUUCCACAGGGGCCAUAGCUGGCAUCGCCGUGGCUGCUGUAAUCAUUGUUGGUGGUCUCGUUGGCUUCCUCUGCUGGUGGUUCCUCUGCCGAGGCAAGGCGUAG